GAACGCGCUCGACAUAAGUGCACUUGGAAUCUCUGGAAAAAACUGACAUGGCACGGCGCGAUGCUGCGGAGAUUCUGUUUGUUUGUGAAUGGUGUCGCUGAAUCGACUCCGAAGAAUCUCUUUCGACCCAGCGAUAUCGUCUCUACAAUGGAAAAUAUCGAUCCGAUAAUUGUCGGUGGCGCUUCUCAGCGAACUUUCACGAUCGUGGUUGAGGGUAACAUCGGCUCCGGGAAAUCUACUUUCCUCAACACAUUUUCAUCCCUUCCGGACAUCACGAUCAUGCCAGAACCUGUGAAUCGUUGGACGAAUCUCGGAGGAAAACACAACCUCCUUGACCUCAUCUACAAGGAUCCGCUCCGUUGGAACAUGGCUUUCCAGAGCUAUGUACAGCUUACAAGACUACAAAUGCACACCAAAGAAGUUCCCACAACAUUCAAAUUGAUGGAGCGUUCUCUGUACAGCGCACGCUAUUGUUUCGUGCAAAACUACAUUAACACAAAAAUGAUGACCGAAUGCGAACGAGCGAUCUGCGACGAAUGGUGGGAAUUCAUCACAUCCACGCAGAAAGUCGGAGUGGAUCUCAUCGUUUACCUGAGGACAGACCCAGAAGUGGCAUUCAGUCGAACGCGCUUGAGGAAUCGUCAAGAAGAGACCGGGAUUCCUCUAGAGUACCUGCAAGCCCUGCACGAGUUGCACGAUGAUUGGCUCCGAGGAACAUCGGGAUUCAAACUCCCUGCUCCGGUCGUGGAACUGGAUGCGAACAAAUCUCUCCCCGAAGUCAAGAGCGCCUUCGAAAACUACGUUCUUGCGAACAUGGCCCAGAUGAAAUACUUGGUGAACAAAGAUUUCCGCUUGCAAGCCUCACCGAUACGCGCCGCAAAUUGAAGCGUAAUGUUCCGGAGCGAUCUCCCGUCGCGUGACGGAAUCGGAGAGCGGUGCCCGCGAAGAAUCUCCCCUCAUGGAUCUGAGCCAAAUAUCUUUGUAUUUCUACGUAUUCCUCUAAAACUCAGGAAGGGAC